AUUAUAUUUACUUAACUAGAAUAUUAUGCCUUGAAUCGAACAACUGUCAUGGGGUCUUGUUGCACAUUAAGUGAAUCGGGGUCCAAGAGCAACGUGCCCUGGUUUUGACUUAUAUUUUUUUGUUAUGUCCGAUACAAUUUUAUUUUUUGGGCCUAUUUUAUGCUUUAUGUUUUAGAAUUACUUAUAUAUUUUCUUAGGGUCUAAAUUAUCACCCCCUUUCCUCCAUUUUUUUUGUUGGUUUUGGCCUGCCCAUUGACCUGAUCCACUUAAGCAGUUAAGCCCAAUAAAAGGUGACCCUCUUUUGACCUUCCUCUGUUAACAACUCGACCCAUCCAAUAACCAGCUGUUCACGAACACUAACAUUAACAAGUAGAACAUUAAUUAUUUUUGCCUAACUCACUUACAUAACAAGCUCAAGACUUCAAAUUUUCAAAUAUGAAUCUCGCAUUUUUUUUUCUUUUUUUCAAUCAAGGCUCGUAUCCAUUUCAAUCUAAAUUGUCAUCCCUACCCUAACGUUUAAAUUCAUUUUCGCUCUCUUUUCAUCAAAAAGAAAACUAAGCAUUUUCGCUCCGUAAUCCAUUCACAAAUCACAAGAUUAGUGUGUUACAUUCAUUACGCAUACUCCCACAUUCUGUUACAAACAUAAAUUUUCAUGGUCAUAAGACUAAUAACAAUAACUACCUAUAAAUAAAAUCCAUCCCCCCAAAAUCAGCUAUACCAUACCAUUUCAUUCAAUUGUACUAUCACUUCACCUUCUUCCAUCAAACAUUAUAAUCUUCUUCAUUGCAUCUCAAAUUCAGAAUCCAAAAAAUAUUAGAAUAAAAAAAAAACAAAAAAAAAAAAAAAAAAUUUGGAGAAAAUGGAGAUUGAUCUUACACCCCAAUUAGCAGCAAAAGUUCAUGGUGGAACAGGAGGUACAUACUAUGCAUGGUGUGACUCAGAACUUCCUAUGUUACGCGAGGGUAACAUUGGCGCUUCGAAACUUGCUCUUCAGAAAUUUGGGUUUUCUCUUCCUGCUUAUUCUGAUUCUUCCAGAGUUGCCUAUGUUCUUCAGGGCAGCGGAAUAUGUGGGAUUGUCCUUCCAGAAAAGGAAGAGAAAGUGAUUCCAAUCAAGAAAGGAGAUGCAAUAGCCCUCCCCUUUGGCGUAGUCUCCUGGUUGUACAACAAAGAAGAUACAGAACUAGUGAUCCUGUUUCUUGGUGACACCUCGAAAGCCCACAAAGCAGGCCGAUUCACAGACUUUUUCUUGACAGGCUCGAAUGGCAUUUUCACUGGAUUUAGUACGGAGUUUGUAGGCCGAGCAUGGGACUUGGAUGAAAAAACAGUGAACUCCCUUGUAGGAAAUCAACCCGGGAGUGGGAUCGUGCAGCUUGAUGGAUCAGCCAAAAUGCCUGAACCCAAGAAUGAGAACAGGAGGGGCAUGGUGUUGAACUGUGAGGAAGCUCCUUUGGAUGUGGAUAUUAAAAAUGGUGGGAGAGUGGUGGUUUUGAACACCAAGAAUUUGCCCUUGGUUGGAGAGGUUGGACUUGGGGCUGAUCUCGUGAGGUUGGAUGGUAGUGCAAUGUGCUCCCCUGGCUUUUCCUGUGACUCUGCCCUACAGGUCACCUACAUUGUUCGGGGAAGUGGCCGAGUUCAAGUUGCGGGGAUUGAUGGAAGAAGGGUGCUGGAAACUACCGUGAAGGCAGGGCAGUUGUUUAUUGUUCCAAGGUUCUUUGUGGUCUCCAAGAUUGCUGAUCCUUCGGGGAUGGAGUGGUUCUCUAUCAUUACUACACCAAACCCAAUAUUCACGCACUUAGCCGGAAAGACCUCAGCAUGGAAGGCACUAUCCGCUGAAGUACUGCAGGCAGCCUUCAAUGUGAGCCCAGAGAUUGAGAAUCAGUUCAGAUCAAAGAGGACUUCGGAUGCCAUCUUUUUCCCCCCGCCUAACUGAGCAGAUCAAAUCACCGCCGAUAUCUUCAUUACUUCAAUUUCGAGUUAGUAUGACCUCAGAUCUGUCUCGUAUAGCAUCAUCUUACUGUACUAACUAAUGUUUCAAUUUUGUCUUAGCCUUUGUUCGUGGUAUUAGCGUAAUGAAUUCUUCUUUUGAAAUUUGUAAUAGAGGGUGGCUUUUGUUGCCAUCAUAAGAGGCUAGUAGCUAGUACUAAACACUAGCUUUCAA